UAAGGGAACAGCUGAAAGAGCUCACCAAGCAAUAUGAAAAAUCAGAAAAUGAUCUCAAGGCCUUGCAGAGUGUCGGGCAGAUUGUUGGCGAGGUUCUUAAACAGCUAACAGAAGAGAAGUUCAUUGUGAAGGCCACAAAUGGACCAAGAUACGUCGUUGGCUGUCGUCGUCAGCUUGACAAAAGUAAGCUGAAACCAGGGACAAGAGUUGCUCUGGAUAUGACCACCCUGACUAUUAUGAGGUAUUUGCCAAGGGAAGUGGAUCCAUUGGUUUAUAACAUGUCUCAUGAAGAUCCAGGGGAUGUUUCAUAUUCUGAGAUUGGAGGGUUGUCAGAACAAAUCAGAGAGCUGCGAGAGGUAAUAGAAUUGCCUCUGACAAACCCAGAAUUAUUCCAGCGUGUGGGAAUUAUACCUCCAAAAGGCUGCUUGCUCUACGGCCCCCCUGGUACAGGGAAAACACUUCUGGCCAGAGCUGUUGCUAGCCAGCUUGACUGCAACUUCCUAAAGGUGGUGUCGAGUUCCAUAGUGGACAAAUACAUCGGUGAAAGUGCUCGGCUGAUCAGAGAGAUGUUCAACUACGCCAGAGACCAUCAGCCCUGCAUCAUUUUCAUGGAUGAGAUAGAUGCUAUUGGUGGUCGCCGUUUUUCUGAAGGCACCUCAGCUGACAGAGAAAUCCAGAGGACUCUGAUGGAGCUGUUGAAUCAGAUGGAUGGAUUUGAUACUCUGCACAGAGUUAAAAUGAUCAUGGCUACUAACAGACCAGACACUCUGGAUCCUGCUCUCCUGCGGCCUGGAAGACUGGAUAGAAAAAUCCAUAUUGAUCUGCCAAAUGAACAAGCCAGAUUAGAUAUUUUGAAGAUUCAUGCAGGUCCUAUCACUAAACAUGGUGAAAUAGAUUAUGAAGCAAUUGUGAAGCUUUCAGAUGGCUUUAAUGGAGCAGACUUGAGAAACGUCUGCACUGAAGCAGGUAUGUUUGCAAUCCGUGCCGACCACGACUUCGUCGUGCAGGAAGACUUCAUGAAAGCUGUUAGAAAAGUGGCUGAUUCUAAGAAGCUGGAGUCCAAGCUCGACUACAAACCUGUUUAAAUUCAUAAUAUUUGUGAAUGACUGCACACAGUGUACUGGGGUAAUGUAUAAAAAAAGAAAAGAGAAAUAAUGUACCUCUUGGUUUUUAUUUCAUGUAACGUGUAGCUCCUAAUUUGGUAACACUAGUUGCAAGGUGGAUCCAGAAGUGUUUUCUGUACAAUUCUGAAAUACAGUAUU